ACAAAACUUACUACACCGAGAAACACUUUCAAAUAAAUAAAUUCCAAAACAAAUUUCAGUUCAUAAUACUCUACUACAAAUACCACCACCUCCUUCAAACAAACUUAUUAUACUUUUACUUACUUUCUUUUAUACAUUUCCGUUUCCUGUUUUCAAAACUUGUUUAUUACUAUUAUUACUAAUUUCUAACAACAAGUAUACAAGAUGCUAUUUUCUUUAUGUUGUGUUUAUGUUGAAGCAUUUUAUUUUAAAGACUUUUAGUUUAUUUAAUUUUAAUAAAAAGUCUGUCGUUUUACUAAUAAUGUGUUUUUUUCCAUCUGAUUCUGUGUCUAUUUAUAUAAUUUCUCAAUUAUUACAACAACAACAAAAACAGGCUCUUCAAGGUUCGGUUAAAUUGGAGGGUGAUGUUAUAACUGCGAAUGGUUCCAUAUUGAGUGGUUAUGAAGGACAUGAUGGUCAAUCAUUUAGUGGAUCAAAUGUAUCGUCAAUGUGUUCAUGUCGUUGUGCAUGUUUUAGUGCAAAACGACAUAAAAGACAAUUAAAUUCCUACCAAGAUAAUACGCAUCAAAUGAAAGACAGACGUUCUCCAUCAUCACAUAUGCGUCAUUUGUUACCCGAAGUUGUUCCAAUGCAGGAUUUAGGCUACGAUUCGCAUAGUCUCAAUCAUCCAUUAGAUGGUGUUGAUGUAGUUGAUACAACUACAUGCUCUCAGCCUCAAUUGCUUAAACGAAAUGUUCUUUAUUAUCAUUUCAAUAUAAUAUUUAACCAAAAAAAUAAAAAGUAA